GGCGCGGUCCGUCAGCCAGAGGGGCCGAGGCACCGCCUGCCGCCUUCGCCUUCCCCAGCCUCGCCAACGCGCCUCGGCCGCCGCCCGCGUAGCAGCAGUAGGUGAAAAGCGCCUCAGGCCAGGAAACAGGCUCAGCCGUGGAGCGGAAGGAUACUCUGGGAGAGGGUUACACAACACGGCGGACACAGUCUAAAGAGAAGCACAAAUGAGUGGGGAUACAGUGCCAGAUUGCCACGGGAACUGAGGGCUACCCCAAUUGCAUAAGAAGUACCAUCUUUCAACAAACCUCAUCCACAAUGGCUAAUAGGCUAAAAUGAAGUACAGUCUUGAAGCAGAACUGACUGCCACUCCUAUUCCCUGUUACAAGCAGCAUAGGAAGAAUUUGGGUUAACUAUGACAGUUUUUGCUACUGCUCUUUGGUUUUGUAGGCAACUGUGUGCAUACCUAGCUUAUCUCCUGAAAAGGUGCAGCAGAUACCUACAGAGAAUAUUCACAAGUAAAAUUUGUGAUAAGCGAAGUGUUUGGGGCGAAACUGAUUUACUCGCUUUUUGUGCAAAAGAAUGGAAAGGAGAAACAGAGCAAGCAAAACAAAUGAGAGAGUCUUACAAAACAUUAUUAUGGAGGUACCAUGUGAAAUGUAUCAGACAGGUCAGUGGAGAUAAGUACUGUUUACUAAGAGCUGUGCUAUUCCAGAUAUUCAGCCAAGGUCUCCCUCUUCCAUCAUGGACUAAGGCCACAGAUAUACUAAAGCUCCCUGAAAAACUUCUUUAUUCACAAGGAUGUAAUUGGAUCCAACAGUACAGCUUCGGAUCACAACAAUAUACAGGUUCAAAUACACUAGGAAAAUUACGUAAAUGUAUUGAAGCAUUAAAAGGACAGUGGAUGGAAAUCAGUGGUAUUAAGGAUCAAGCUCAACGACAGAAUUUUUGCAAUGCACUUUUUACCGGUGGAAGCAUGGAGCAUAAGUGUUAUGAGGCCAUAAAAUUCAUCAUGCUCUAUCAAGUAAUAGAAGCUUAUGAAUGCUUGGCCAGUAACCAGGAAUGCAUUCCAAACUUUUUUAGUGACCUUUUUAGACGGGAUACUUCUUUGGACCCUUUAAGUUACAUGAUGAAUCAUCUGAAUUUAAUAGGGGACAGAAGAGGUCUUGAUCAGAUUGAUCUGUUUCUCCUUGGGCAUUCUCUUGAAAUAAAAAUAAUAGUUUAUAGGUUGUGUAAGAUUAAUACCAAAGAUUUCCUAGAAACGUACACAGAUGAAUAUCAGAGAGAUUGCCACGAGGUCCUCCUUCUAACUGAAGAUGACCGUCAUUAUCACAUUCCUGUUGCUAAGAUAUGACUUCUUCAGGCUGACAAAUAUUUCCACAUCAAACCCUUCUGAAGAAAUUUGUUCAGAUGAAUGGCAUACUGUAUUUAAGAAAUAUUUCUGCUAAAUAAAAAUAUGUAUGAAACAGUU